AUGGAGGACCAGGGGCAGAACGAUCCUCUCUUUCCAAUCGCAGUUUUGAUCGAUGAGCUCAAGCACGACGAUGUUCUUCUCCGUCUCAACGCCAUACACCGGCUCUCAACCAUAGCUCUAGCUCUAGGCGCCGAACGCACAAGAGAUGAGCUCAUACCAUUCCUUGACGAAUCGGUAGAGGACGAAGACGAGGUCCUUACAGCGCUGAGUGAAGAGCUCGGAGGUUUUGUGGAAUACGUUGGCGGUCCAGAAUAUGGGCACGUGCUCCUAUCACCUUUAGAGAACCUCGCCGCAAUCGAAGAGCCUCUGGUGCGAGAAAAAGCUGUCGAAUCUCUCAACAAGAUAUGUAAAGAGCUCUCACAGUCCCAAGUUGAAGACCACUUCAUUCCUCUCACUGUGCGCCUCUCGAAAGCCGACUGGUUCACCUCAAAGAUCUCGGCAACUGGACUUUAUAAUGUUCCCUACAGCAAAGCAACACCGCCGUCUCAGGAAGGACUUCGCCAGCAAUAUGGACAGCUGGUACAUGAUGAAACUCCUAUGGUUCGACGGCAGGCCGCGAACAAUCUCGCGAAGUUCGUAAAGGAGAUGUCACCACAGAUAGUCAUUGAAGAGAUGAUACCCCUAUUUCAGCAUUUGGCCGGUGAUGAUCAGGAUAGUGUUCGGUUGUUGACAGUGGAAAUAUUGAUUUCGAUUGCGGAAGUUAUACCCAAGGAGCAACAGACGAGUCAUGGAACACUUCUAACAGCUUUGCGGAGUCUAUUUGAGGACAAGAGCUGGAGAGUGCGAUACAUGGUCGCAGACCGCUUUGAGAAGAUUGCAAAAGCUGUAGAUGAAGAAACCGUGACCCGCGAUUUGGUCCCUGCAUUCGUAAAGCUCCUCAAAGAUACCGAAGCUGAGGUCCGCACUGCUAUUGCUGGGCAGAUUCCAGGCUUCUGUCGAUUACUUGAUCGAGAGACGCUGCUUAACGAAAUAAUGACUAGCAUCGAAGACUUGGUGUCAGACACCUCGCAACAUGUACGUGCGGCAUUAGGAACGCAGAUUAGUGGUUUGGCCCCUAUCUUGGGCAAGGAAGAGACCAUUGCACAUCUUCUGCCAAUGUUUUUGCAAAUGCUGAAAGAUGAAUUCCCUGACGUUCGCCUUCACAUAAUCUCGAAGCUCGAGCUAGUCAACAAAGUCAUCGGUAUUGAGCUUCUGUCUCAGUCACUACUUCCGGCCAUUGUACAAUUAGCCGAAGACAAGCAAUGGCGCGUCCGCUUAGCCAUUAUUGAGUACAUCCCAUUGCUCGCAGGCCAACUCGGACAGGAUUUCUUCGACGAUAAGCUGAGCACGCUUUGCAUGAGCUGGCUGGGUGACACUGUUUUCUCGAUACGGGAAGCAGCCACCAAAAACCUGAAGAAGCUGACUGAAGUCUUCGGAGUUGGGUGGGCGAGCAACGCCAUCAUCCCAAAGGUCAUCGUGAUGGGCAAACAUCCGAAUUAUCUCUACCGAAUGACCACAUGCUUCGCCAUCUCGACACUCGCACCAGCUAUAGAUCUAGAGGUCAUCGAAAAGUCCAUUCUGCCAAUGAUGGACAAACUCGUAUCCGACGACAUCCCAAACAUCCGCUUUAAUGUCGCCAAAUCCUACACUGUCCUCAUCGACGUCCUUAAGCAUUUGCCCGCCCAUGGUACUAUCUUCGAUCUCGAAAAGUCAGGUCAGACGCUACAACCCUCUUCCGCCGGUCAACAUCUUAUCCAGCAGCAAAUCUUACCGAAUCUGGAGAAAUUACAACAAGACGAGGACGUGGAUGUGAGAUAUUUUGCGACGACUGCGGCAGGGAGCGUGGGUGAUGCUAUGGCAACGUCACCUUAG